GUCUUCUUCGGACACAAUAUCCAACCCUUGGGUUGUACUAGAAGUUUAAAAAGAAGGGAAAGGAAAAUAUUGGUGGGAUAUGUUACUCAUCACUCCUCCUCCUGAUCAGGUGCACUUCAUGGUCUCUUUUUCCCUACAGGUGUACACUCUGCCAUACACACCAGACUCUGCUGAAGACUGUCGCAACAAAACAGCUGAAUACUAUAACAUAGAUAUAAACCUGUGCUGCAGCAAGUGUGCUCCUGGUAAGGGAUGAUCAUCAACAUGAAUGAAACUGUUUCUGUACAUAUUAUGAAAGUUAGGAUUUCAGGGAUAGCAUACACUGUGCAAAAAGACAGCAAGAAAGAUGUACAGUGUACAUGUAGGUAACUUUAAGUUAUGCAUUAUUAUAAACUGGGUGGUUCGAGCCCUGAAUGCUGAUUGGCUGACAGCCGUGGUAUAUCAGACCGUAUACCACGAGUAUGACAAAACAUUUAUUUUUACUGCUCUAAUUACGUUGGUAACCAGUUUAUAAUAGCAAUAAGGCACCUCAGGGGUUUGUGGUUUAUGGCCAAUAUACCACGACUAAGGGCUGUAUCCAUGCACUCCGCAUUGCGUCGUGCUUAAGAACAGCCCUUAGCCGUGGUAUAUUGGCUAUAUACCACACCCCCUCGUGCCUUAUUGCUUAAAUGUCAUGACAGGGACACGCCGGAAGAAUGUAUGCAGCACUACCUCAGACACAGAGUGUGAACCAUGUCCCAGUGGCCAAUACAGUGGGACCUUCAAUUACUUCCCAAAAUGCUUCAGAUGUCACAAGUGUUCCGAAGGUGGGUGGAUUAUAUUGCAGUAAAUUAUUGGUCAUGUUAUAUACAGUGCCUUCAGAAAGUAUUCAACCCCCUUAACUUUCCACAUUUUACAAAGUGGGAUUAAAAUGUAUUUAAUUGUUAUUUUUGUCAACGGUCUACACAAAAUACUCUAAUGUAAAAGUGGAAGAAAAAUCCUAACAUAAAAAACUAAUGGAACAUAAAACACUAAUAUAUUUUUUUGUUAUAUUUUAUUUUACUUUAUUUGACAAUAAAUAAAAACAUACAUAGACAAAAACAAUAGACAACUUAACAUUUACAUACCGUACAUUUCAACAAACAUUAAUGACAUCACACUUGCUCAGACCCACAUGUUCCCACCGUAUCCAUACCCACUGAAGCCCCAUAUGACUUCAGAAUGUGUUAUGUUGUUCCGUCUGUAGCCAGAUUUUUUUCAAUAUUUAAAUAAUAAAGCAUUUGAUUCACUAAUAUAUCUUGAUUAGAUAAGUAUUCAACCCCCUGAGUCAAUACAGGUUAGAAUCACAUUUGGCAGCGAUUACAGCUGUGAGUCUUUUUGGGUAACCCACUGGGCACAGACAUCAAUUCAAUGUCUUUUCCACGUUGGGUCAACGUAAUUCUGUUGAAAUGACGUGGCAACAACGUUUAUUCAACCAGUGUGUGCCAGUGGGAAGUCGCUAAUAGCUUUGCACACCUGGAUUGUACAAUAUCUGCCCAUUAUUUAUUUUUUAACGCUCUGUCAAAUUGGUUGUUGAUCAUUGCUAGACAGCCAUUUUCAAGUCUUGCCAUAGAUUUUCAAGCUGAUUUAAGUCAAAACUGUAACUAAGCCACUCGGGAACAUUCAAUGUCGUCUUGGCAAGCACCUCCAGUGUAUAUUUGGCUUGUGUUUUAGGUUAUUGUCCUGCUGAAAGGUGAAUUUGUCUCCCAAUGUCUGUUGGAAAGCAGACUGAACCAUGUUGUCCUCUAGGAUUUUGCCUGUGCUUAGCUCUAUUGCAUUUAUUUUUAUCCUGAAAAACUCCCCAGUCCUUAUCAAUGACAAGUACACCUAUAACAUUAUGGAGCCACCACCAUGCUUGAAAAUAUGAAGAGUGGCACUCAGUGAUGUGUUGUAUUGGAUUUGCCACAAACAUAAUGCUUUGUAUUCAGGACAGAAAGUUUGUUUCUUUGACACAUUUUUGCAGUAUUACUUUAGUGCCUUAUUGCAAACAGGAUGCAUGUUUUGGAAUAUGUUAUUCUGUACAGGCUUCCUUCUUUUCACUCUGUCAUUUAGGUUAGUAUUGUGGAGUAACUACAACGUGUUGAUCAAACCUCAGUUUUCUCCUAUCACAGACAUUAAACUCUGUAACUGUUUUAAAAUCACCAUUGGCCUCAUGGUGAAAUCCCUGAGCAGUUUCCUUUCUUUCCAGCAACUGCGUUAGAUUGGACACCUGUAUCUUUGUAGUGACUGGGUGUAUAGACUCACCAUCCAAAGCGUAAUUAAUAACUUCACCACGCUCAAAGGGGUAUUCAGUGUCUGCUUUUUUUUUUUUACCCAUCUACCAGUAGGUGCCUUCUUUGCGAGGCGUUGAAAAACCUCCCUGGUCUUUGAGGUUGAAUCUGUUCACUACCCAACUGAGGGAUCUUACAAAUCAUUGUAUGUGUGGGGUACAGAGAUGGGGUAGUCAUUCAAAAAAUCAUGUUAACCACUAUUAUUGCACACAGAGUGAGUCCAUGCAAGUUAUUAUAUGACUUCUUAAGCACAUUUUUACCCCUGAACUUAUUUAGGCUUGCCAUAACAAAGGGGUUGAAUACUUAUUUACUCAAGACAUUUCAGCUUUUCAUUUUGUAUUAAUUUGUAAAAAUGUCUGAAUACUUUCUGAAGACACUGUAACAGUGACUUAGAUUUGUUGUAUUUAUUCCUUAGGGCUUACAUGUGUGUGUGCGCACGCAUGAGCGCACACGUGUGUUUGUGUGUUUAUGUGUGAGUUGUUUGUGUGUGUGUAUAUGUGUGUGAGUUGAUGCAUCUAAUCUGUAAUGAGCAUCUUAUUUGUUUAUGUGAGAAGACAAAGGCCUGCAGUAUGCCCAGAAUUGCUCCAGCAUCACCAAAGCCCAGUGUGUGUGUCAGACUGGGAUGUUCUGCAUAAUGGAUCAGCACCCAAACUGUAAGGAGUGUGUCAGUUAUACACACUGCAAACCUGGCCAUGGUGUCUCCAUAGAAGGUACUAUAGCUGGACAGGAGGCCGGUCUGACAGUAUUUCUCACACAUUCAACAUGUUUCUGUCCUCAUUAAAUAUUACAUUGAAAGUUUGAAUAUGACUGUUCACUGUAAGAGUGUGAGUAAAUGUGUUUGUGUGUUGGGGUGGAUGUUUCAGGGACAACAGAGUCAGAUGUGAACUGUGCACCAUGCCCUGAUGGAACCUUCUCUGACCAGCACUCCUACACCCAGACCUGCCAGCACCACACAGAGUAAGUGACACACACACACACACAUAUAUGAACUGUAUUAUGUUAACAAUAACACUGUAUCCUCAGCUGUGUUUCUCAGAGAAGGGGUGUACUAACUUAUGGUACCACCACCUCAAAUGCGGUGUGUGGACCUAAGGUUAGCCCACCGGCCAGCCCACCGACCACAAUGCCUACCUCUGGUACAAGGCAUACCACACCAAGUCUACAGAGCCUGCAUAAUGAGGACAAAUCACCAGGCUUUGACCUUCGUAUAGGUAAAUAUAGAUAGCUAUAUACAGAUGUAGGAUCUUAAAUUGAGCCAGUUUGCUACAGCAAGAAAAUAAUCCUGCAGCAAGAGGAAAUGUGAAUUAUUAUGUGGAUUACAAUUAAUGGAAAUAUUUUGUAGGGGUUGAUACAUUUUUUGUUAGGGAAAAUGAAGUCUGACAUUUUAAAGGGGAAAUGACAAACAUUAUAAAUAUUUUUAAACCUAGAAUACAUUACAUGUUUGCAUUUCCUGCUGUGCAGGAGAAUUCUCACCAAAAAAAAGAGUGAUCAAAUUAAGAUCCUACAACUGUACAGAGACAUGAAGUUGUCGGACUACACUCAUGAUUUUCACAUUUCUUUGCCUCCAUCUCUCCUAUUUGCGGACACCGCUUUGUUGUACCUCUUGUUCCUGUGUCUAUUAGUUGCAGGCGUUAUCGGAGGUGUUAUCGGAGGUGUUAUCCUGCUGCUGAUCAUAAGCACAAUCAUUUACAAGAAGGGUAAAGUAUUAGAGAUGAAGCACUUGAUUAGGGUAAUAACAAUAUAACAGACCUACUGUAAGCAUGGAUAUGCAUAUACCAACAUUUUAGUGUAGGUUUACUAUGUUCUCUUACAGCCUUCACAGGGUCCAGGCUUGUAUCUUCUACAGAACAUGUAAAUGGAAAUUGUGAGGCCAUUAAAGUGAGUUUUUUUUGUUGCCCUAAGAAAAGGAAAUGUUAGAGACAAGAACAUUUCAACAGCUUCAACUCAAUCUUAAACAUAUCACAUCUCUCUCUCUCUCUCUCUCUCUCUCUCUCUCUCUCUCUCUCUCAGUUUGAUUGUGAUGGACCAAUGAUUCUUCAGAACAGUUCAUUCAUUACCAGCUAUCAGGAACAGCAGCAAUGUCUGCUGGGAAAGGGAAACUGCAUAUAUCCCAGUCAGGCAGAGAACCAGCAGGAUGCUAGAAGGACCAGGGUGUUAGGGUGCUCCAACAUCCUCGAGGGCCUGUCAAUAGGCCCCCUCCAGUCCACCCCUCCACCAUCCAGCACCCAGUCCAGCACCAACCAACCCAGCCCUCAACCCAUCAGCCCCCAGCCUAUCAGUCCCCUGCCAUCUAGCCCCCUAGUUAAUGUCAACAUCACUGUUAACUACCCUAUAGGAAAUGGGUCAUGCUCCACACCUACCAGCACCCACAUAGACUCAUCCCAGGCUGACUCUGAGCUCCCUCUAUCAAGGGAGGAGGAGGUGUAUGUCAAUAUGCCACAGCAAGAGGGCGGAAAAGAGGCACUACAGGAGAGUGGAAAUGAUGUUUGAGGACUGGCAGCAGUUAGGGCAGCACCAGACAAUAGAUUUGGUUUUAAUUAUGUUUUUUCACACUAGUUGUUGUCUCUGUUUUUAUAUGAAUGCUACUGAAGUUCUGUUGCUGACUUUGAAUUGGUGGAGAGAGACUGCACAGAAUGAACAUUCAUGUGCCUCAGGCAUGGACUUGUCAUAAUGUACUGUGCUGUGCUGGAAAGCCUUGAGCACCUGAAUAUAUUGUCAAUGAAUGUUCAAAGAAUGAUUGAUAUGUGAAUGAUGUAUGUAAUUAUUGUGAAUGUUGUAAAUAUACACUGAACAAAAAUAUAA